AUGGAUGUGACAAUCAGACAGCACCUCUCCGCAGCAGAACAUCAACAAGAUGCUGACGCUUUGCUUAGCGCCUAUAAAUUGAUAAAAGCUGCUAAUGCGGAGAGAUCGCUGGGGGAUGCUCCUGAAAACUUCGGUUCUGAUCUGUAUGUCUUAUGUGCGGAACAAGCUUUCCAGAUUGGAAAUCCUGGAAUGAGCACGGAAUGCUUACAGAUGUAUUUCAAGAGCGAGCCUCCUGCAAACCAGUUUUUCGGACAGGCCUAUUUGUGUUUGGCCCAAUUACAUGCCCCCCAGCCUGCUAAUAACGCGGAAGAACUAGAGACGUCAGUAGCUUACUAUCUCAAGGCAAUUGCUUUCGCAAAACAACAGCAGAGAUAUUAUUUCUUGGUUUACAACGCAUCAGUCUUGUAUUGGCAAAUGGCACGUCCUUUUCUAAAGCCAGGGUGUCGUCGGGUCCUCGUUCCCAGCCUUAGCAGCGUCGUUAGCGCAUUGGAAGAAAUUAAUGAAAAUGAUGUCACCUGGAGAGCAGAACUGAUGAUGGAACUAAUUGAGUGCUUGAUGGAUGCCCAAAAAAACAAAGAAGCUGCUGAUUUUGCAUCAGGGAUUGCUGAAUUCAUCAGAACUAAAGUGCCUUCGAAAUACCCCCUUCUGUUCUCUAAAAUGGUACAACAUAAAUUAAUUGAUCCCGCAAAAGCAGCAAAAGAAGCAAAGUCCUCUGUGACUCUGUCAUUCAUCUACAAAAAGCAGAAGCUAAAAUCGCAAAUAGAUAAAUUAACAACAAAGGACAUUUUUACAAACCUGAAUGAAACGUAUAAACUUCUGUCAACUGUUCAAGAAGAAGCCACGGUUUCAGUUCCAGAAAAAACUUCUUUACUCAUUGAGCUGGCUUGGCUGGCAGUGGAGUUGAAAUGCAGUCAACUUGUCACUUUCUGUAUACAGGAUCUGAGAAAUACAGACAUCACGGAUCCAAAGACGAUUAUAAUCCUCGAAUGUCUUCAGAGUGAGCUUGAAAUGCUGAAUCUUGGCAAUCGGAUUGCCUUGUACACAAAGAGCGCUGUCGAGUCACAGUUACGCGUUAUACAAAGGCUUGAAUCAACUCUUCGAGAAGCUGUCCGCCUCGGAGACCCCGGCACGGUCCAGACCGUCUGCGCAUCUCUGUGGAAUCUCUGCCUGCCGUUGCUGCAACAUAACGUGCGCAAGUUUCUGCGGAGACCCUUACUCUCCAUUUCCCAGUCACUAGAAAGCAUCGAUAGCUUACUAACCGAACUGCGUUGUCAAAUCCAUUUGGAAAUUGCGCACAUUGAGGAAGACGAGGAUCGCGUCGAAGUCGCCUUACGACACGCUCGAGAAGCUUUGCGUUUAAAUGGCAACGGACAGUAUCAGAACUUCUUGAAGGCCUUUCUUCACCGUCUCCAGCUCAGAGCCACGUUGUACAAAAAGCCAGAGUCUUCGGAAGAUCAAGCAACUAUGAUUAUCGAGCAGGCCAAACAAUGCAACUCAAAAGACUCGGUAAGGAAGAACCGCGCCCUCCUUGUAAAUGCCGGCAUCUGCUUAGCUCCUGACGUGUUUCAGAUGGUCCUCGAUAGUGAAAAUGAAGCUAAAGUCUCCACAGGUAAAAGUAGCAAAGGCACCAUAAGUUUCCUAUGCCUGAAAGCACGGCACCACAUAAAGUGUGUCCAGAAGACCGAGGGGCAUUUAAAACGUACCGAAGACAAAAACGAUCGUGAGAGGGUGAGGCUUUGGGCAGAUUUGGCAAAAGUGGCACGGAAGCAGGAGGUCUGGGACGUGUGCAGGACAGCAUGCAGGUUUUGUCUGUUAUAUGACGACGGACGUUGGAAUAGCGCAAGAUAUGACGCGACACAAAAUACAAAAUCUACAACAAAUAGCUCUGAUGAAGGAGGAAGCAGGUUGAGUAUAGAGUUGGAAUCAACAAAACCCAAGAUCUUGUAUAACGAAGAAAGAACAAUACUAAGGACACUUGCCGAAAUAAGAUUUGUCAACGGCGAGGCCACUAUACACCUGCUGAAGUCAGAGGGUUAUAAGUUAAAUGACUGUCCCGUCCCUCCCGAAGACUCAAGUAUGCAUCCGACAACCUAUAUAGCUAAGAAUCCAGAGGAAUUCCCAGAAUGGAUCACUUACAAAGACUGGAUUUCUCAGCUUUCGAGGUACGCCACAGACAACUUUCUGCGCUCUGCCGAGCUCGGAGUGGAGUUGCACGAACCGUGGAUAACUCACAACGCAGCCGUGUACGUCUUAAACUACAACAAGCAUCUCAUGGCGACUGGGAGACUCUGGGAGACUGGGGGGCUUACAGAUCCCCUUCAAAAACUGCUCACAGCGCUUGAGAAAACCGGACACAACGGGAAUCCUGUGCUUUUGGUGAUGCUGUCCAGUGCGCUGGCAAAGGGCCUAAUUCAACGUUGGAUACCCGGAUCAGCAGCAAGCAAAAUGCCAGAGACUGGUUUCAAUUCAGAAAAGGGGAGAAAAGCUCCUAGCAAAAGCUCCCCAAAAUCAAAUGUAGGGCAUAGUUUGUCCAUUGAUCCAAAUGGUCUUCCGGAUGUGAAACUGGCUUUAGAGAUUUGUGAAUAUGCUUUGGAUAUGACAAAUGGGAACAGAACAGAAGAUUUGGUACCCAUCUCUGUACGACAUCAGAUCAUCUCUGCUUGGGUGAAAGCAAAGCAACUACUUCAGCAGCAAAUUGGACAUAAACUAGGAACGGACGAUGAGGAAAAUAACGAAGGCCAAAAUCCGAUGACAAGAGUUCUUGUUGCUCUAGAAAUGCUCUCAUGCAAUGGUCUUGGACUAAUGGACUUCACGGUCCCCAGCUUGUCCCAAGUGUUCACAAUGGCCGCAGAAUGCGUUUGGUCAGAUGUUCUGGUCCAGCUGCAGGUGUUCUCCAGACUAGCGCACUUUGCAUACAACACACGCAACUUUGACGUCGCCAUGUCUUGCACGCAGAAGGCACUUCAGCUCGACGGGAGGAAUAGUCCAAAAAAGCAAGACUUGUGCAGUUUUAGGCUGGAACGGGAAAUGUUAAGUAUUGCCGCUUGUAUCCAGGGUCAGUGUAUAAUGGAGAAUCUGGCUGGGAAAAGACACUUGCGCAUGUCGGCCAUCAAAUCCUUUCAGCUAAGCACAAGAUUUGCCAGCAAAGCUUGCAGCUCCGCACUGGCAUUACAAGCCGCCGAACAUUUCUGGCACGCCUGCCUUCCUUUUACAAGGUCCGCUAAAGAAAGAGAACCACUAAAAGAAGCCGCUCUGUCCGUGAUUAAAGCCCUAAGCGACACAGCGUCCAGUCGCAAGCAGGGGUCAGACAAUGACAUCACUUAUUUGCACUUGUGGCCUUCUGUGGAUGUCCAGAGCCAAACAGACUCCUUUAAAAAGUCUAGUAAUGAAACCAGCGAGGACCUCGGUCUGAGGGCUUCACUGUAUGAGCUGCUCUUCAACAUAUAUGCAGAUAAAAAGGACUGGGAAUCUGGCCUAAACGUUCUGGACGAAGCUAUCCAGGUUCUGCCACGUACUAGACAUAGGCUCAACAUUUUCAAACACCGUGUUUUGGUGAAGGCAAGGCUGGGUCAGAAUUUCUUCAUGGACAUUCAGAAAUUCCGGGACGAGAGCGAAGACUACCUGUCCUGUAUCUGGCACCACGUUGCGCUGGCAUCCAAAAACACAGCCGAACGGUUGGCCUGCUAUCAGAACGCAAUUGAUGUCUUACAGAGACCUGAAAACCAGUGGCAGAAAGUAGAUUAUAUGAUGGAGAUGUCCGAGUGGCUGUACUGUAAGCAGUUCCCUGUGAGCGAUGCCCUCGUCCUGCUUGAAUCAGCGGUGGAUAUUUUAUUUCAAAUGAAGUUUGUGAGUGACACAGAUGAAGGUAAAAAUCAAAAAGAAAAAACAAAAGCAAGAAAGAAGUCUUCCCAGAACAAGGACAAAGAUCUCGAAGCGAGCGUAGCAAAGACCGAGAAUGAAGAGGACGUUCCUCGCGCCAGUAACUCCUUUGAAGACUUGAGGAACAUCAGGCAGCUGGAGGCGUUGGCACGGGCAUUUACAUUAAUGGCGGUUAUUGGCGGCCGAGUUUCUCCUGAUCAUGAGCAGAACUGCUUGAUGGCAUACACCUGCAUCAUGCGUAUCUGGCAGGUGUCACUGCCAGCAGCUGUAUCUUUAAUGAAAUCAUUGCCCAAAAAUCCUCCGCAAACACAGAAUCCGUCGCCUCCGACAUCUCGGAAAGAAAAAGGCAAAAAAGAAACCGUGGAGCCAGCAGUGGUUAAGGAGAAAUCCAGACGGAAAGGACCGAUUGAUGCCUUACCAUCCAAUGUAGAAGAGUGGGCUCUUUUUGAUUGCCCAGAUGAAAUCAGAGAAGCAUUCAAACUCGACACGUCUUCCUAUAGUAUUAAUUCAACCACAAUGAUAAAUCCGACGUACAGCCUCUACUACUUGGACCUUCUAGCGCAUGAGUUGCGCGGCAUGUCGUUCGCUCAUCUCACCCUCCCUGUGCUGCAUCUCGCCGAAGUCAUCGCGCAUGAUGUUGUGGGAAGCAAAAGUCUGUCUGAUCUCUACCAUUUGAGGAUGUCUUUAGUUUGUGCAGAUUUGAAAUUGUAUCAGGCAGCUACUUAUCAUGAAAAAACAGUCGGAAAUAUGUUCAUUAGUGAAGAGGAGCAGAUCAGUUGCCGGCAAGAAAUGUCUCUGAUUAAGGAAGAAGAACAGAAUGAAAUUGAUUUGGACUCGAGCGACAAGCCCCAGCCUCUUGAUACAAAACCAAAGGUCUUGAUGUUAAACCCAGACGGGAAAGGGUUAAGCGCUCGGUCCCUUCCUUAUAUGUGGCUGGAGAAAGCGGACACGCUGAUAGAGCUAGGCUUUUACCAGCCGGCUCGGCUUCUUCUCGCUGAAGCGGAUCAGUCCUUUCAGGUCAUUGGAGAUAAACAUUAUCAGAUGAAAUGCCUCUACACCCUCUCUCUGCUGGCUAACUGCGAGAGGAACUACGGCCAAGCCAAGGAACUGCUUCGGGAAGCUCAUCAAACAGACAGGGACGCAGCGCUGUGGUACAAGACCACCCUUAGCAUGACAGAGGCCGUUCUGGGUGAAAAUAACAAGGACAGCGAGAAAAAGGCGUGCAAGAUUUUGGAAGCCGCUAUAUCUGCUUUUCAAACAAUGAUGGAAAAAGAAAGUAACAGAAGAUCAGAAUAUGGAUACUUCAUAGCAUCAUUACAAGCAAGGAAAUUUUCAAUCCUCAUCCAGAAAGCCAAGAACGUUAUGAAUAGCGGUACUGCAUCUUCUCAAACAAUUGUCACGCUACUCGAAAUAUGCGAUAACAUGAGCCAGACCGAAACAGACCUUCUCCAAUACGGACAUAAAGAAUACAGAGCCGAAUUCAUGAUGGACCACGUGGAUGUUCUCAGGAUCCUUGCCAACCUAGCAGAUAACGAAGAAUGCAAGCACCGUUACUACUUAACCGCAUAUACCAUGGCGGAGAGCGCAAUCAGCAUUCUAGAACAGAUACAUUACAAUAUUAAAAGUUUGUUUCCCAUUAAUGAGGUGGGGGGUAUAAGUUUGCCAAUUAUGAGAAAACUCGCAAAAGCAAAGCUUUGUUUGGCGGAUCUGUCCUUGGAAAUAAUCCAAUUUAUUACUGCUGAGGAAAGCAGGAAAUUACGAGAUGAGAAGAGCAAAGGACAUCUCCGCGUAGCUGUUGAAGAAUAUGUCAGAGCUACUCCUGAUUAUAACUCGAUAGAACAGGAGUGGAAAACGUUAGGACGCAUUGUUGGCUCCAUCGCUCUUUCUCAGCUGGCCAGUAUUUUAACAUUAAUUGUCGGCUGCCCUGAUCUGAAAGCGAAAUGUUUCUAUCUUACCGGGAAAUGCCUCUACUUGCUCUCGGUGAAAGUCGAUCCACUCGGUAAAGACGUCUACUGGGAUGAAAACUUUUUGGUAUCUGCAAUAAGUCGCGGUAAAGACUUGGAAUUACCCAAUGGUUGUUUACAAGAUACUAACAAACAGAGAGACCAUAUAGUCAAACUCUUUGUGGAAUUAAAGAGAAAAAGAGCAGAUGCUACGACUUUCCUUGCACAGGCCAGUGAAGUUUUGCUUCAGUCCAUUAAUUGCGCAAUCAGUAACCACCUUGUGAGCACCUUGUCGGCAGCGAGUCUACAGAUCGCUUCAUGUCUCGGACAUUUCGACCCCAUCUCAACCGGAAUGUUCCUGGCCCUUUAUCAGAGCUGCUGUACCUCUAUGAUGAUGAAGGAUCUGGUCUGCCGUGCCACGUAUAAUACCAGUAACUCCCAGUUUGCUGCUUUGCUGCAUCUUCAUCAGCAUCUGCAGGGGAAAGGCAACACUGGCCGUCUGUACAAAACCAUCGAGCAGAAACUUCUUGCCACCUCAAAGGUGUGGGAAUACCUUCAGAUUAACACACAGUUUUUCAACAUAAUUAAUGAGCUGCCGUCGAACUUCAACCUCAUUGUUCUCCAGCACUCAGAAGACAGCUCCUUCUUGUACGGCGCUGUCCUUGAAAAGUCAAAAAGUAGCUCCGCACCGAAGGGAAAAUUAAAUCAACAACACAAAGGCACGAGCGCAAAAGUAGUUGGAUGUCCUGUGAAUCCUUCCGUUUUCUGGGACUUGCUGGCGAGAAGCGAGCUGUUUAAACACGAUAUGAUGCAGAUUCUCCUUAAAAGGGAUUAUCAACAAAGCUUCAGUAGACAGAAGAACGUGUUUGAAAAAAUUCAAGAAGUCAACAAGAACAGUGAAAUGAAGGAAUCAGGCAGCUUGGAAGAUGAAGAAGAGAAGAAACUCUUAUCAACCUUUAAUGAAAUUGUUUGUGACAUGGAAGCGUACCUGAGCCCUGUGCUGCAAAAGCUGGAUUUUUCAUCUUUUCGGUCAUCGACUCCGCUGCUCUCUGCAACAGAACCAUCUAGAGCGAAGUCCAGAGAAAAGGACGAAAAGCACACAACGUCAAGUGCUUCGGUAGACGCGGGAGAUUGCUUUGUGUUGUUGGCGGAUAGAUCUCUCAUGGAGUUACCUCUUGAAGCCCUGAGUGUUUUCAGGGAGGAAGGAAUGAGUUCUCUUUCCAGGGACUUCUCGCUUCAGUUAUUGUACAACAGGAUUCGAAAAGCACCAACAGCAGAAGAUGAAUCGAAGCGAGACGCAAAAAGCGCGAAAGACUCAAAGCCAAAAAGCGAGCAAAAACGGAAUGUAAAAAUUGUGCCCACCAAUCGUGUUCUUCCGCAGAACUGCCUGCCGGUGGACACUCAUCGUUUCAAAUACAUUGUGGAUCCAUACAAUGAAGCAAGAGAGCCAGAAAUCAUCAGCCCGAGAUAUAAAAUGAACGAGAUUCUUGGAAAAUACGGCCAGCAAUUCACUGCUCUUUGGGAAGGAAUUAUCGGCAGCUCCCGGGUCCCAAGCCACGCAGAGUGGGAAAAGCUGAUGGCCGACUGCAGUGCUUUUCUCUUUUACGGAACGGAGAGGUUCCUGGCACAUACGUUACUCGACAGAUUUGCUGCCAUGAAUUUUACGGAGUGCCAGCUGAUGAUUCUUCUGGAUCUCGUACGCACAAAACAUAGCUUCUCUAGACAAUCGACAGCCGACGUCCAGAAAAGCGAAACGUUGUUGGCGUUGGAAAGUCCGGUGGAAACGGCCAUCUUGUUGAGUGUCACCGGUGUCCGAUCUAUCAUGCUUAAUCAGUGGCACGCGACUCCGGAACAGAAUGCAAAAAACCUUGACUUCUUGUCAGAAAAUUUAUUAGGACUUGGGAAAACAUCUGGACAAACGAUACACAGUCUGCGGCACGCCAGAGGGGACUCUGCUUCGCUGAAGGUGGAACAAGAGAAUGAUGAAGGCGAGCUGAGAGCGGCUUCCCCGGGCCCUCGUGACUCAACACGUCCCCCCGAGGACCCAUCGCUCUUCCGCUAUGUUCUGUAUGGUUUACCAAACAUGAUUGUUGUGUAAUUCUUGUUACUUUUUUGUUGCUCUGUUAACAUCAGUUUUUUUAUAACAUCAUAUAAACUGUUUUAAACUUUAA